AUGAGGGUAAUAGUUGUUACAAGGGCACAUCAAUUUGUGAUUGAAGUGGGUCUCCAAGAACCUGUUCUUGAAAUCAAAAGGAAGAUAGAACAACUCUUUGGUGUCCCUGUGGCUUCCCAAACUCUCUCAGUAUUAGGAUGGGAAUUGAUGGAUGGACUUGACAUGGAAGACUAUCCAAUUGUCACUGAAGGUACUAAAAUUGAUCUCACCAUCAAAUCCCUCCUUUUGCUGCCUCCACUAAACCAUUGUAGUAGAAUCCAAAUUGUACUGAAAUUCUCGGCUCGGCAGUUUAACAUAGAGGUAGAUGCAACAGAAACAGUGCGUAGUCUCAAAGAGAAAAUUCAUAUCAUGGAUGGAACACCUCUCAAAAGAAUGUCACUUUUCUAUUCUGGGAUGGAGUUGGAAGAUUUCCGCAAUCUAAACGAGUAUGGAGUACGCGAGUUUUCGGAAAUAGUUGUGUUCCUCAAGAGCAUGCAGAAUCGUAUGAGUGAUGAACCUCCAUCAGCAAGGUUGAGUCUUUUGGUGCAAACUUCUUCUAGUUUGCUUAAUGCAGCUAGAAUUCCUUUGGAAAUGAUCAAGGACUCAUGCACUGUUAAUGAGUUGAGGCAGAUAUUAUUGAGCAGAGAAAUUCUUCCUAUUGAUGAUUAUUUGUUCAUCCACAAGCAGAGGAUAAUGCGUGACAAUUGCAGCCUCCGGUGGCAUGGUGUUGAGAAUGGGGACUGUCUCUAUGUGUUUAAAGGGACUGUUAGUCAAAGUGGAAGCUGCUAG